AUGGGCUCAUCCGAACUGCCCGCUCGCUCUACGGCACCGAAAGAUUACACGAUUCCCGCGAAGCAUACAAAAGUCGUGAAGAAGAAAGCUCCCACGAACCGCAAGCCCAGACAAGCUGGUCGCACGUACCUGAACGGUCUGAUGGACGCCAAGAUUCCAGUUCACUCGGAUCUGAUGACGAUUGCCAAAGCCAACUCUCUCCAGUCUCCUCUUCUCUGUCUUCCGGCAGAGAUUCGCAACAAGAUCUGGGAGUAUGCUGUUGGCCAUCACCAAAUCGACAUCCACGACUACUCACAUGUCCGAAGAUGGGACAUCAAGCUCACACAUGUCACAAGCCCUCUGAACAAAGGCAUAAACACUUCGUCCAGCUUUGUCCCACCAACCUUCGCGGUCCCAAAGGUAUGCCGCCAGAUGUACGUUGAAACAUCGUCAAUGGUAUACACGCACAACAACUUCGGCUUCGAUAAUCUUGAUACCUUCGACCGCUGGAUCUUAAAUCGCGCACUCGGACAGAGACGCCUGGUCACCUCAGUGGAUAUCCCAUUCGGAUAUUACAGCCUGUAUCGGGAUGGCUUUCGCAAAUUACUCCGCCGAACAUUCCCUGGCAUCACGAGAGUAAGGUUGCAUAUCAAGAUGGCGGAGAUGAAUCAGCGCAUGGAUGCCCGUACUUGGUCUUGGUCAGUUCCUAUCAAAGAGCCUCUCGAGGAUGUCAAGAAGAGGUUCAUCGAUGAAGUCAUGAAGAAGGAGGGUGAAGGCCUUGGAGUGGGUUGGUACAACCGUUCCAUCACCUCCUUGAGUUACCUACGCUACUGA